AUGAGCAGCAGCAGCAGCAGCGUUGGCGGUGGCGGUGGCGGUGGCAAUGGCAAUGGGAAUAGCAACGCUGGUCAGCAGUUUUAUGGCUCAGCUGGCUUUGGGUUGCAUCAUCAGCAGCAGCAGCAGCAACAACAACAGCAGCAGCAUCACCAACAGCAGCAGCAGCAGCAGCUCAUGGGCUUGGGCAUGGGUAUGGGAAUGGGCGUGGGCAUGGGCGUGGGCGUCGGUGGAGUGGGAGGCGGUGGCGGUGGCGGUGGCAGCGUCGGAAGCGGCUGCAAACGCUAUCAGCGAAAGUUUUACAAUCGCAACUAAAUCGCCCCCGUCGAGAAUCUAGACAAGCAACCACGAUAUAGUUAUCGACUUAUCGAUAUAUAAAUAUAUAUGAAGUACACAGAUUGUGUAGUAAUGCCUAAAAAUGUAAAACCAUAAAAUGUUCGUUUCGCUUUGACUGAGUUAAAGUUUCUUAGUUUAUAAUUGAAUAUGUUCUCAUUUCUCUCACAUACACACAUAAAAUCUUACCUAUAACUACUUACUACUAUGUAUGUAUAUCCUAUAUGCUACACGACUAUAUAAACAGCAUAUAAGUUCUCUCACACACACAAACGAAAACAAAAAACAAUGUUCAUUGAAUCCAUUUAACAAUGUAAGCGACAAUAUGCAACUUUAAUUUUAUUUUUCUCUCACUUUGAACACAUGUAAAUAUUUUGCGUGCAACAAACACAAAAUACAAAUAUUAGUUAAUAUGCAAAUAACAAAUAUUGUUACAUUUUAAAGAUACCAAUUUUUUUUGUUA